GUUUCAACAUGGGAUGUCCCAGCACCUCGUGCCGCUCGCACUUCUCCGCCCUUGGAGAACCCAGGCGACCCUGCCGGACGACUUGCAGCUUGGGGCUCCGCGAUCGACGGAGCUGUCGCUCCGACGAAGGCAUCACGUUGGCGUUCAGGAACUUGCGCGCAUCAUUAUGUCUUGAUUUCGCUGUGGAUCUUCUGUGACUUCCAAACCAGAGGCGCACUUCGGUCGCGGACUUCACAUUGGCGUAUGGACGCGAUAUUCUGGUUAUCUAGCGACCCUGGUGAGGUUGCACGAAAUAUCAUGAGGCAUCCACGCUAGAUGAAAUGGUCACGAAGAGGUGGAUCCGUUCGCGUUUCAUGGCCUGACGACCGCAAGCAUGAUGUCACUCACAGCGAUGACGCUUCAAGGGAUGUGGUGACCUCUGAGUGUGACGGUACGCACAUGUGGUGUGUGGUUCUCUCAGCGUGUGUUUGCACUAUGAUUACCGAGCAAGAAUUGGAGCUGUCGAUGACCUUUCCUUGCAGAUGCGAUCGAUUGUUGUCUGCCCCAGGCCUGAAGAAUGACGCGUCAGGCCCUCGAACAGUACAAGAUGUACACAAUGAAUGUAAGAUUGGAACGCAGUGAAAUGGUGAGUAUCCCAAUCGAUUUUUGCGCGGUCGUAUCUGGUUUUCUUGUUCCAAGGUGGAUGGUUCGACGGCGCACGACGAGGACCGCG